UACGAUGUUCCACGGGCAUUUAUCUCAAGACAUCGUAUGUUUUCUGGAGUUCCAUCUUGGGUGCCCUGACGAACUGGUGGCUAGCUGAGCUGUAUAGCCAGCAAUGAAUUCUACAGAGUAAGUGUUAUUUCUCUAAUUUGGAUAUCGUCGUCCGACAAGUUGGAAUAGUCACACUCCCAGGACGUGUAGCUGGAUUCUAUACCAAUUGGCACUGAGUAUAAUAAAGACUGGAUAGCCCUUGGAUUCUCAGAGUCAUGUAUUGCUUGACUCUUUGCUUCCCCAGUUCGCAAAUCAUUCCUUAGAGUUGUCUCAUAUGGCAUCAUUGACUGAUUGUCUGCCGUAACCACUAUCCUCUAUACGAGAAGAUUGAACCACGACCGACUCCUAAGGUAUUUUCUAGGUUCUGGUCGCGAUGCAUUCAUUCCCGUCUCUUGCCUUUGCACUAUUCACUGUAUCCUCCUCUGCUCUACCACUCCUAAGUAACUUGGCCUUCUAUACAUUACCAAGGCGUUCACCGGCGUACGGAGGCGUUAGCAGAGUGGUGAACACCGCGUCCUCGCGCUGGUAUAGUGCGGAUACCUAUUCAGGUGCUUCCUGGGGAGGCACCUACCAAUAUCAGUGUUUCGGGGGUGACAUUUCAAAAUAUCCGACUCUUCACCAAUGGCUGUCUUUCGACAAUCUGCUGCAGAUCAACCGUCCAGCUCUGGCUCUGACGAACACGGAAGACCAAAUCGGCUACAUCCGCGAUGGGAUUAUUGCGGUUGCGGAAGAGUCUAUUGUUGAUCCACGCGUCAUUCUUGUGGUGAUGAUGCAGGAGUCCACUGGCAGAGCCAACUCACCCUGCACAGGAGGUCAUAACUGCGGCCUCAUGCAAGCUAACCGCGGAAGUACGUCGUUUGACUCAUCGCAGCCAAGACAGAGCAUCAAGCAAAUGAUUGCGGAAGGGAUUCAGGGUACUACGGAAGGACCUGGGUAUGUGCAGUACCUGAACAACGAUGCAUCUUACUCGUAUACCAACAACCGCUGGCCUAACAACCCAUUUGCCGCGGCACGUUGUUAUAAUUCCGGGCGGAUCGAUCCUUCUGGAAACCUCGAUAUUGCCUCGUAUGGUUCAAUGAGGAGCUAUGUGAAUGACGUUGCAAAUCGGCUGCUUGGUUGGACUGGACAUGAUACAGGGUCAGCGCAGGCGCAAUGUGGUUUAUCAUAAAACUGAGAAGAGAUUUUGAUGAGUGGAUGACAUGAACAAUGACUAGUACAGAAAUAAAUGCUAAGAUCAUAGGGUAGUUCCCUGGAAAUAGGUGUACAAGAUACUGCAGAUGAAUAGCUUAUGACCCGAAUUAAUGGU